CGGCUCUACUCGGGCCGCCCGCCUCCACCGGAGCGGAGAUGAAAACCGGACUCUGCUUCGGACGACCUGCUCAAAGCGGACCGGAACACGGAGCGGACCGGGGCAGGGUGGAUCAAACAGUAAACCGGGACCUGGGACGAGCCGUGCCGUGCCGUGCCGGGGCUGUUCUGAGCUGCGGUGUCACAGCCGAGGGCUCCGGACAGACACCGGGCGGUCCGUGACUGCGCAGGCGGGUUGGGGUGCGCUGCCAGCGGCUGCAGCUCCAGCCGCGUCCCGCUGAAGUGUGGAGGUGUGAUCCAGGAGCGGAGACAUGUACCAGGUCCAGGGGAAAGGGGAAAGGGUCGUUGCCAUGGUGCUGAAGGAGCUUCCUGGUAAAAAGGCGUCCUCAGAAGGAAACCCCCUCCUCACCGUGACAACCAAGCUGGUUGGUGAGCAGCAGGAGAGUCGGCCCCUGCUGAGUCCCUCCAUCGAUGACUUCCUGUCGGAGAGUCGCAACGACGCCGCCUCCAGCCGACCUCCGACCUCCAACACAGCAGUUCUGUCCACAGCUCUGGACCUUGUGGACCUCAGUGACCCAGCAGACAGCAGUAGUAACGGUGACUCUGGUGGUUCUGGAGGGUCCGGAGGGUCCAGAGGAUCUGAAGGUACUGGAGGGUCCAGAAGUUCUGGAGGUGCCGGAGGGUUCAGAGGGUCCAGAGGCUCCAGUGGUUCCGGGGGGUCCGGGGGCUCCGAUCGCAGCAGGAGGAGUCCACUGAGGAGGAGGACCAGCUCCAGGAGCCCCCGGCACCGACUCCGAGCCGACGACAGUGAGCUGAUCCAGGUGGAGGUGGAGCACCUGCCCCCCAGCCCCAGGACACCUGAGAGGGUAUCGCUGGACUCAGUCAGCCUGUCUUCUCCAUUGGACAAAUGGGAGGAGCUGAAUGUGGACGUGGAGGACAGUGGACGCAGGAGACGCCAUGAGAAGAGAUGUACAUCCCACCACUCGUCCAGCGAGCUGCUGUGGUGUGCGGAGUUUAAGACCGACCCUCUGUCCAAGACCACCUUCGACGUCCACAGCUUCGAUGACCUGGACUUCAUGGCCUCAGCACAGGACUGCGGCCUGUCCAGACAUCGCAGACGGACUCGGUCUCUUUUGGCCCGAAAUGAGUCUUUGGAGGACGAGUUUGUCAGAGCGAAAGCUGCUGUGGAGUCGGACACAGAGUUCUGGGAUAAGAUGCAAGCUGAGUGGGAGGAGCUGGCUCGGAGGAACUGGUUGGAGGAGUCGGAGACCCAGCGGCCGAUCCCACCCACUGUCUCACCUGUGGAGAAGGGUUACUACUUCAACACCACAAACCCGUACAGGGACUGGCCCAAUGCCUUCGCUGAGGGACAGGACAAAGCCCGGGAAGGAGACCUGAACUCUGCCGUCCUGCUGCUGGAGGCCGCAAUCCUGCAGGACCCCCAAGACUCAGAGGCUUGGCAGGUGUUGGGGAUGACCCAGGCUGAGAAUGAGAAUGAACAGGCUGCCAUCGUAUCUCUGCAGAGAUGUCUAGAGCUUCGCCCCAACAACCUACCGGCUCUGAUGGCACUGGCCGUCAGCUUCACCAACAGUGGAAUGCAGCGAGAGGCCUGUGAUGCUCUGCAGCGAUGGAUCAGCCACAAUCCCCGAUACAAACACCUGAUCUCAAACCAGAGGAGUCAGCUACAGGGUUCACCAGCCACACCACACAGGGGCCUGCACACCUGCACUGCCAACAGCUGCCGCCUUCAGGAUAUCCUGCUGCUGUUCCAGGAUGCGGCGCUGCUGAACCUGGACUGUGUGGAUCCAGACCUGCAGACAGGACUGGGGGUCCUGUUCAACCUCAGCUGUGACUUUAACAAGGCAGUGGAGGCGUUCACUGCCGCCCUGUCCAUCAGACCACAGGACUACCUUCUGUGGAACCGUCUGGGAGCAACACUGGCCAACGGCAACCGCAGUGAGGAGGCAGUGGAGGCGUACAGCCGAGCACUAGAGCUGCAGCCAGGGUUUAUCCGGUCCAGGUACAACCUGGGCAUCAGUUGCAUCAACCUGGGAGCGCACAGGGAGGCAGUGAGUAACUUCCUGAUGGCGUUGAACCAGCAGAGGCGGAGUCAACGCUGCAGUCAACAGCAGAUGUCAGCCAACAUCUGGACUGCUCUACGGAUCGCCAUCUCGAUGAUGGACCGACCAGAACUGUUCCAGGCUGCCAGUGUCGGGGACCUGGACCUGCUGAUGAGGGCCUUUGAUGUGGGAGACGUGUGACUGAGAUGGAGGCCUCUGACUGGACAGAACAGGGAAAGGAGUGAAUGAGAAUUUGAACCAAAGAGACGAGCGAUGCUGCAGAUGGAGUUCGUCUUCAGCCCUUUAACCCUGAACCCGGUGACGCCUGGGUGGACGGACCUCCCUUUAACCCUGAACCCGGUGACGCCUGGGUGGACGGACCACCUUAACACCGGUAGAGCUCCACCGUUCAGACAGAAGAACAAACCAACAGCAGCGUCAACGUCACUGCAGUGAAUGUGAAGCUGCUUCCUGUCCGUCUGAGCUCAGCUUCCUGCUGCUUUUCCACUGCUUCAUGUAUAUCCUGCAAGGUCUAUAAGGUACUGAACAGAACAUAUGCCGCUGUAAGUGUAGUAGCACAACAAGGCUGAGGCUUCGUCCACACUCAUACAGGUAUUUAAUACACCUCUGUGCUGAGUACUCCACUUUGAUUGGCUGGUGGUCCAUUAUUUACAUAAUGUAG